CUUCUUCUUCCUCUUCUUCUUCUCUUUUGUCUUCUUUCCCUCUUUUCUAUCUUUUUUUCCUACUUCUAAGAAGAAGAAGAAAGAGAAAUGGAAAAGGGAAUUAUGAGAGUUGCAGAGCCUCUGAUUGUGGGAAGAGUUGUGGGAGACGUUCUGGAUUCUUUCAGUCCCACCAUUAAAAUCUCUGUAACUUACAACAGCAACAAGCAUGUCUCUAAUGGCCAUGAAAUCUUCCCUUCCACACUUGGUUUCAAACCUAGGGUUGAGAUUCACGGAGGUGACAUGAGAUCCUUCUUCACACUGGUUAUGACAGAUCCAGAUGUUCCUGGACCUAGUGAUCCUUAUCUAAGAGAGCACCUGCACUGGAUGGUGACCAACAUUCCAGGCACAACCGAUGCAACAUUUGGUAGGGUUACCAAUUAACUAUAUUUUUUUUCCCCUUAUAAAUGUAUAUUAUUUGUGAUUAUAUAGACACGAAUUUAUAAUGGCUCUUAAU